CAGACAUUUCCAUGAUAAAGAAGAAGAAGACUUUUUUCUUUCUUUCGUGUUAAAUUUUCAAAGCACACAAAAUGGGCUUCAAAAAUUUGUGGUAUUCUCACCCCAGGAAAUUCGGCCAAGGCUCCAGAUGCUGCCGCGCCUGCUCCAAUCGACAUGGUCUUAUCCGGAAGUACGGACUCAAUCUCUGCCGACAGUGCUUCAGAGAGUAUGCCAAUGAUAUCGGCUUCAAGAAGCUCGAUUAGGCAAAUCCGCGUGAAUGUAAAUGGAGGAAUUUAUCCCACCUGGAUGGCAGGCCCCAGGCAAAAAGUAUAAAUAAGGCGAAAUACAACAAGUUGGUGUAUUUGAUAUGGUUGGAUAAAUAAAUCCAUUGCAUUUAAAAGAAAAA